GACGCAACAUGCCUCACUCAUUCGGUCUCAGAGCUCGUACCCGUUACACCUUCCAACGUGGAUUCAGGGAGCAUGGUCAAAUUCGUUUGUCCACUUACUUGAAGACCUACAAGGUUGGUGACAUUGUCGACAUUAAGGUAAAUGGUGCCGUCCAAAAGGGUAUGCCUCACAAGUACUACCACGGUAAGACUGGUAUCGUUUACAACGUUACUCAAUCUUCCGUCGGUGUCUUGAUCUAUAAGAUUGUUGGCAACCGUUACAUGGAAAAGCGCGUCAACGUCCGUAUUGAACACGUUAAGCACUCCAAGUGCCGUCAGGACUUCUUGAACCGUGUCAAGCUCAACGAGCAAAAGCGUAAGGAAGCUAAGGCCGAAGGAAAGACUGUCCAACUCCGUCGUCAACCUGCUCCUCCCGUCAAGGCUCACUUUGUUGGUACUGAGGAGAACAAGCCCAUCACCCUUCACCCUGCUCCUUAUGAUACUUUUAUCUAGUCAGGAAAGCUUUACUUGUUGUAGGAGAAUGGUUUAAAAAAUUUUGCUUAACAUAAGCCCAAAAGUGAGUGACAAUGAAGUAUAUGUAGAGGUUAAGAUAUAAGUGAAGAUUGUGUAAAG